CCCCAGCGGUCGGCAGCGGUACUGCACAGCCAGUAGGACUCGCUGCGUUGAGUCAGUUCGCCGUAGCUCUGCCGACUGGAGGGAUGUGACCCCGGAACAGGACGCCCUCCUACAACAACACACCAUUCAAACAGAGCACAGAAGAAAGAAAAGCUGGACCAGGAGGGCGGCUGUUGACCUCUCUCGGUUGGGUUCUGGCUCUCAGCGGCCUUCGUGUAAAGCUCAGCUCCACUCAGACACUGUUUGUCCGGCAACUCAGAGAGCUACGGGAGAAGGGGGGAUGAACCGCGAGGAGGCCCCGGGGAAGUCUCCUGAAGACAUGUACAUCCAACAGAAAGUGCGCGUCCUGCUCAUGCUAAAGAAAAUGGGAUCCAAUCUUACACCAAGUGAAGAGGCUUUUCUGCGGAAUUACGCAGGUGUGGUCCACAGUCAGAUGAGCCAGCUACCACAGCACAACAUAGACCAGGGUGCAGAGGAUGUGGUGAUGGCGUUCUCACGUUCAGAAACGGAGGAUAGGCGCCAGUGACCUUUGGCUCCUUUCCCCACCCUCCUCAGUUCACCCCACAGCAUCCCGCCAUGCUCCCAUCCUGCCCCGCACGUGAUCCACAACAAUCCACAAACACGACACUGAUGAGCUCAGGAGAGGAGAGGCACCUGAGGGCGGGGGAGGCAGACGAGGAGGGGAAGAGACACCAGCAGGUGGCUGCCUCACUCUCCCCCAGCCCCUUACACCCCCGACUUCUCCUCCUCAUACAAGCUGGCACACCAUUACCUGAGGUGCACUCAAGUGCUUCACUGUGGGUUGAAGCCUUGGCUACAAGGAAGUCAGUGAAAACACUCACAGAUUGUGUGGAUGAAUAUCAAAUGUAGGUUUUUUUUUCUCUCUCUCUCUCCCUUUUUGUUGGGUGGUUUUGUUUUGUGUUACAUUAAUUUGUCUGUGUUGACACUUUAGGCAGUGUUAUUUCUGCUGCGGUCACCGGAGGAAUUGACCAGCCAGCAGCUGAUUGAAGCAAAGAGAAAUGUAGUUUUGGUCAAGCAGCGAGUGUGACGAUUGAUCGCGUUAGGGGAGAGAUUUAAAUUAUUUCUGCUUACCCUGAUGGGGCUGAAAUUGUUUUUGAGUUAGCUGUUUUGUUACCUGUGUUAUAAAGGCUUUUGUUUUCUGUCACACACACAGGGCCUCAUUUAUAAACAUUUGGUGUGUAUAGAAAGAGGCAUGAAUGAUGCGCACACCACCUACCACGCAGGCGAAGCAGUAAAAUAAAGUCUAAUGGAAUAUUCUUGAACAGUUGUUUCACUUUAUAUCAAAUUGUGACAUGUCUGUUUAUCACCUUCUUGCAUUAGGAAGUCAGUUGUAGAACCCAGACGCAGUCAUCCAGUGCAGUGGAGUUUGAAGGUUUUUUUUUUUAUUUUAGAAUCAUUUAGCUUUCUGAACAUGUGGUUUCCAUCAAUACUGUGAUUUGCUGCUCCUCUCAUUAUCAGAGAUAUGAACAAAAACAAAGGAGUUAAAGCCUUCUGAGUCAAGAUCUGCAGCAUUUUACACUUUGUAGCAUUUCUCAUUGUGUAGCUGCGAUUUUAGAAAGUUGAAUGGCAUGCUGACUGAUGUGUGUAUCCACACUCACAACAGGCCUGUCAUUAAUCCUUCAUGUUUAAUUAUGGGAGUUUAACAAGGCAGGAUAACGAGGAGGUCGGUGAGAAGGUGGAUGUGGUUUCUGAAUGGAAAACUACGUUAGGGUGAGCGUUGGCCGAAUCUAUGCACGGUUUUAUAAGUGAGGCCCCACUUGUUCUUCUGCUGCUUUAUUUUGAACCAUAGGCUGUUGAGAGUGCAACAAUGCUCAUCUCACGAGGAAAGCAUAAGAAUUAAGACACUAGCGGUUAAAAUCACAUGAAACACAGAUGUACACAUUCUCCCCAGACAAAUACUGGUUUUGGGUUAUUGUAACAUGUAACCUUUUUUUAAAAAUUAUUGUACAGAUAGUUGGGAAAAUACAAUAAUGAUUUGAUUGUAUUUUUUUUUUUAUUUGCUUUUUUUUUUAUCUGUAAGAUAAAGUUAACGUGAUUAAGGAAAUUGACAAGAGACAAGCUGUAGUUGUAAUUUAUUGUUUACCGAAUUGACUCCCAGUUCAUCACUAAAGAUGGAGAACCAGUAGAAAUCUAAACGUGAGUUGCUCUUUAAUGUCAUCAGCAGAGGCUCUUUGUUCACACUAAAACACACGCAACUCUAAUUUUUAACUACCUGUAACUGAACUCGUGAAGCCAAACAUAAGAACUGUGUGCUAAUUCUGACUGUACUGUAUCUCUUGCACUAUUAUCAUUGGGAUAUUUGCAAAAAAUACAUUUUGAUAUUUAGCACAGAGAUUCUAUGUUUGUUUCAAUGGAUAAAAGAAGAUCUUUGUAACCUGUUUUUAUUCCUUCAUUGAUUAAAAAAAAAUCUCUCUGUGUUAAUUGACUCAACUGGAAUAGCUCAAAUGAAUAUUUGUUAACAAUCAACAUGUUUUUCUAGUGACAUGCUCAACAUGUAAUGUGUUUUAAGUACACUUUGUUAACUUGUAUAACUUAAAAUAAUUGUAAUGUAAUGUUUUGAAGCCAAGCAUGUCUGCCUCGUGGUUUAUAAUGUUCAUUCAAGUGGAGGAUCUUUGAAGCCUUGCCACAAUGACCAUUGUUUGUACAUUCUUGACGUUUGUGAAAGCUACUAGCUCUUUUAAAAUGUUUCAGGAGAAAAAACAAAAGCAGAUCAUUUUUUUCGAUGGGUAAAGUGUUAUCCAUUAUAUCUUGUUGGCAAUAACUUCUAUUUGAAUGUCCUCAGCAAUCAUCGCAAUGUAAACUGCCAACAGAUUCGUCAGGCUGUCCGCCUACGACAAAGAAAUUUGUCUUUUUAUGUUUACUUUGGUUUUAAAACAUUCUUUAUUUGUCUAUGCAUUGUUUUUUUUUUCUCUCUAAAAGGUGUCUUACUGUACAUUUUUACCUAUCAGGGUUGUUCUACAGCCUUCGUUCAAGUUGUGGAUGAAUGUGUGUGUGUGUGGGCGUGUGUGAUUGUCAUUGAACUUGCUACCAGUUUUGAUUUUCAGCAUGCUGUUGAGUUUGAGUAGGAUCGAUGUCUUUUUACUGUGAUGACCUGACGUUGCCUAAAUGUUUUUUUGUUUUUGUUUUUUUUGCCUCUUUAUUUUAUUUUCCUUUCAGUCGACUUUGAUUAUUUGGUUUUGUUUUGUAUGGCUGCUGACCAUGUCUUGACUUAAUGCUUCCAAAUCCUAUACCAACUGAACCAUUAAAGAUAUUUUAAACAGUGAAAA